UCCGUAGUGGAGCGAGCCGGGAUCGGAGCGUAGGGGCGGCGCUGUGAGCGGAGGGGUGGAAUGGUACGUCCCACCCCCCCCGCGCUGAUAGUGGGAGCGGCCGGCGCUGCGGCCUCCUUUCCUUUCAGCGCUAGGGCCGCCGCCGCCAUGAGUAUGCUCAGGCUCCAGAAGAGGCUGGCCUCCAGCGUCUUGCGCUGUGGCAAGAAGAAAGUUUGGUUGGAUCCUAAUGAGACCAAUGAGAUUGCCAAUGCUAAUUCUCGUCAGCAGAUCAGGAAACUGAUCAAAGAUGGUUUGAUAAUCCGCAAGCCUGUGACUGUUCACUCCCGUGCCCGAUGCAGGAAAAACACCUUGGCCCGCCGAAAGGGCAGGCACAUGGGCAUCGGUAAGAGAAAGGGUACAGCCAAUGCCCGUAUGCCCGAGAAGGUGACCUGGAUGAGGAGAAUGAGAAUUCUGAGACGUCUGCUUCGCAGAUACAGGGAGUCCAAGAAGAUCGACCGCCAUAUGUAUCACAGUCUGUAUCUGAAGGUCAAGGGUAACGUGUUCAAGAACAAGCGGAUUCUGAUGGAGCACAUUCACAAACUCAAGGCAGACAAGGCUCGCAAGAAGCUCCUGGCUGACCAGGCCGAAGCUCGCAGGUCCAAGACCAAGGAAGCCCGCAAGCGCCGUGAAGAACGUCUGCAAGCCAAGAAGGAAGAGAUCAUCAAGACUCUCUCCAAGGAGGAGGAAACCAAGAAGUAACCUUCUGUGGCUGUUCUGUGUACAUAGUGCUCUCCAUCAAAGGGUGUUAAUAAACGUUCCACAUCCAAACCUA